AUGGCCUUGUUUGGGGAGAAGGUGGAGGAUGAGGACAGGGAUAAGUGGAUCGCGUGGUUCGACGGCGCGUCCAACACCCAAGGCCAUAGGGUUGGGGUGGCUUUGGUCUCUCCCGACAACCAAUGUGUUCCCUUCAUGGCCAGAUUGGGCUUCGAUUGCACGAAUAAUAUGGUUGAAUACGAGGAAUGCGCCCUCGGAAUCCAAGUGGCAAUUAACUUUAAUGUCAAAUUGCUCAAAGUGUACGUAGACUCAGCCUUGGUAAUUCACCAGUUGAGGGGAGAAUGUGAAACUAGGGAUCACAAGUUGAUACCCUAUCAGGCCUACAUCAAGAAACUGGCUGAGUUCUUCAACGAGGUCUCCUUCCACCAUGUUCCUAGAGAGGAAAAUCAGAUGGCUGAUACGCUUGCCACUCUGGCAUCCAUGUUUCAGCUAACCCCACAUGGAGACUUGCCAUACAUUCAGUUCAAAUGUCGCGACAAGCCCACACAUUGCUGCUUGAUAGAAGAGGAGCCAGACGAUAAACCGUGGUACUUCGACAUCAAGCGGUACAUAGAGUAUAAGGAGUAUCCACAAGGGGAUUCUGACAACGACAAGAGGACAUUGCGAAGGUUGGCAACUGGUUUCUUUCUAAGCGGAGGUAUCCUGUACAAGCAAAAUCAUGAUAUGGUUUUGCUCUGA